AUGUCAUAUGACAGGUAUGUGGCCAUUUGCCGCCCUCUGCAAUAUCCAGCUCUCAUGAAGAAAUUAUGCUUAGUCAUGUCAGCCAGUGUGUGGAUUUCAUCUUUCCACUAUGCAUUGAUGAAAGCAAUUUAUUUACUAACUCUUUCAUACUGUGGAUCAAACGUGAUAAACCUUUUUUGUGAGUUCAACGGCCUGAUAAAGUUGUCCUGUUCAGAUACAUCCAUCUUUGAAACAGUGUCAUUAUUAAUUGGUAGCCAUUUGUUGCUUCUGUUCCCCUUCUCCAUCAGUGGCUCCUACGUAUCCAUCCUUCUGCAUCUGAGGGCUAAGCGUUUAGCGGAGAGAAGCCACAAAGCACUGGGCACCUGUUCGUCACACUUGUGUGUGGUAGCCAUCUUCUAUGGGUCGGCCAUCUUGCGGCACCUAAGGUCAGCCUCCUCCUACUCAGCAGAGAUGAACCAGAUUUUUGCUGCAUUGUGCACAAUUGUCACCUCCACUGUGAAUCCUUUUAUAUACAGCCUGAGAAACCGUGAUGUGCUAGCAGCGUUAGGGAAACUGUUCAGGAAACUGAAGGUACUUCCAUAA